UGCUUCUGUCCAUAUUUAGAAGUGUAACAUCACCCUUUUUCAAGUGAAAUGAUUUAAUCAGCUCCUGCUGCUAGGUUUGUGCAGACUCACAGAUCCAGAUGGAGUAAAAAAUAUAGACUCCCCUCCCCUCCCCUCCGUCUCUCAUCACAUACUGCAGCUCCUCCCUCCACCUCGCUCUUCUCCCAGUCAGAUGCCUUCCUCAGUCUCCAUCCUUCCUUCCUUCUUCCUUCAGCCAACGCUGAAGCGACCAGCGGAUGUGCCAUUCCCACGACUGUACGUGUGUGUGGCUCUAUGUGUGAACUGCAUGUGUCAACGUGUGCACACGUGAGUCUUUUCAGCUGAUGAGAAGGACCCGUGAAGCGCUCUGGACUGGAUAUCCGGACCCCUUCCUCGUGCACACUUAUCACAAUUUUAAACAUCUCUCCAGCAUCCUCCCUGUUCAGAGGAUCUGGUUUCUGUCCUGUUGGGGCAGCAUCUCAAUGGCAUCUUGGUCCACCCUUUCCCCUCUACAUUGGAUUUAAUGAGCAGGCGUUGUGAAUGGAAACAAGUCAUCUGUGGAUUUCCUUCAUUUCAACUCUGGACAAGGCAUGGCGAAGGAGCUGAAGUCAGAGCACUAUCCGUGGAGAAGACCUGCACUGCCAGGCCACCUCACCCUCAGCAGCUGAUGUCGAGUUUGGCCCAGCCAUAGAAGAACCAUGUAUGGAAUUAUAGCUUACCACUCCAAGAAACUGCAAGAGCUAGGAGACCUUUGUGGCAAGGCCAUAUGACCUAUGACCUUCUCUGUCUUGUGUUGAUGGGUGUGUCUCAAUUCAGGGUCUGCAUCCUUCGAAGGACCAGCCUCCUCUGUCGGCCGAGUAGACCGGAUGUUAACGGCUGUGAAUUUGGACAGGCCUAGCCUUCAUUAAUUCCCGCCACUCCCUCGGCGAAUGUUCCGUUGCCUAGCAACCGUGGAACCGCUGAGCAGAAGAAAGAAGGAACUUUAAACGAUGGAGCUCGAAGUUUUAUUUAGCUUUUUAAUAAUUUCCUUGGUUCUGGAGGAGUUAGAAGACAUGUAUCGGCAACGAAGGCAUUUUCUAUUGCCCAGGCUGAGACGCAACAAUGAGCAGACUAGACCCAGAUACUGCAGGAUUAACCUGAGUGUCCCAGUCCUGGACAGUUUCUUCAGCCAGCAAGAUCCGAGACCAGACUUUCAUUUGAGCAGGGAGUCCCUUUCACUGCUGCUGAAUCUUCUGAACCAAGAUCGGCGUCAUGAUUGGGGCGCCACAAUUGAGACCCUGGUGUUUCUUUUCUGGUUGGCAAGCAGAGCAUCUUACAGGGUGGUCUCCAGAGUGUUCGGGAUACCUCGUUCGACUGUCCACUGCAUCGUCCACAGAGUCACGGAGGAGGUUGUGGCCAUUCGCCACCUGGUCACCCACCUUUCAAAAACCCCUGAAGACCUGGAGGUGGUGUCCCAGGGGUUUGCAGGGCUGGCACGGUAUAGAGCUUUUUUUAAAGCUGCAGGUGCUGUCGACGACUGCCACAUAAGGAUCAAGCCUCCAAGCGGCCCAGAUGGUCACUGCUACAGGAACAGGAAACUGUUCCCCUCUAUCAUCCUGCAGGCUGUGUGUGAACAUCAGGGCCGCUUCAUCGACACCCACGUGGGCUGGCCGGGGUUGGUGCAUGACUCCAGGGUGCUCCGCCACAGCCCGCUGUACAGGCAGUCAGUCUACCCUCCUCCAGGGCACUUCAUCCUGGCAGAUGGUGGGCACCCAUGCCUGCAAAGCCCACUCCCACUCAUCACUCCUUACAAUCAUGGGAAUCAAGGUGUGGCUGCCCAGCGCUUUAACAGCCAUCAUUCCAAAAGCACGCUCUGUGAUAGAGCGUGCUUAGCUACAUACGUGUUUAUGUAAGGGUUAUCUAUAGGAGCGUCCAAUAGAGAGUGUGAGGGACCACAGUUCUGCCCCCCAAAGAUGCGUAGGAGACGGGGGGAGCUCCAAGUCCCAGAGAUCCAGGCGCUGCACCAGAACACAGGAACCCCAAGGAGACUGCAACCAGAAAGGCCCCCGCCCCCCUCAAGAGACACAGAAGAUGGCCUGGGGGGGGGGGGGGGCGCACAACCAGCAGCCAGCAGAGUCCCGGGAGACAUCAGCGGCAAGCCCUCAGGCCCGCCUGCAGUCUCCCACCCCCUAGCCGGCCGAGCCCGGGACCCAGCGACCCGGAACCCAGGGGCGACCACCCCCGCCAGGGACCCAGCAGAGCCCAGGGACCCAGACCCCACCAGGCCGCCACCGGGAAUGAUCAAUGCGAAUGAGCUGAUUCAAAAGGUCAGGGCUCGCUGUCUGGCUCUGCUUGUAAUUUAACAGUCCCAGUACAUAUUAGAUCGCCACAGGCGACUAGCAUGACUACAGCCUCGCAUGGCAGCCAGUCAGUCGUGCAUGCAAUCCGGCUCCCUGGAGCCCUUCUUAGCUUUUUGGGUUAGCUAAGUUAGCUAGUGGCUACAUUACAUUUGUUCCAACCCUGUUCCAAACAGCACCACAGCUCCACCUCUUUUACCAUUUUUGGAUUGUCUGGGCGUGACAGGACCUGUGACAUGGUCAAAAUGGCGGUGGUGUGAACAUCCCAUUUUUGCACAAAAACUUAUAAUUGGAGCAUGUGGACAUGAAUUGUCCAGUAUAUUUUGUUGAUGAGGAAGCAUUGGGUCUGGGAACUCUCCUAUUCCAGUAACCCCACCCCCUGAGAAUUCAGACUGAGCCAAUCAGCAUUGAGCAGCGUCACACACCACGACGCUGAGUUUCUCAUAACUGACGAAGACUGAAGCGGAGUUGGCUGCGGAUGUUUUCUCUGGUCUAAAUGACUUGAACACGUCUUUAAAACAAGUAGAAGCGCUAAAAGCCUUUCUUCUAAAGAAAUAUGUUUUUGUCGUUACCAGACACCAUUUUUAACUACAGCUGAAAAACUACAGCGGCGUGUGGUAGUCGGCUUAUCUGCCUUUUUUCUGAUUGGUUGUUUUUGAGCUGACUAGCCCCACCCCUCAUGUGCCUCUCUGCCUGUGAGUCACCAGACUAGUUCUCUGUAGACAGAGGACGAAUCUGACAGGUCAGGCCAGGAUUUUUAUCCUUCAACAAGAGCAAGGUUCUGUUAAGAAGCUACUUUAGACUCAAGCCAGUGAACAGUAGAGGGACAGUCUUUCUAUUUUCAAGUGUCUUUCUGUGUAAAAGUUAGAAAUAAGAACUCACACCAUCACAGAGAGCUUCCUGGACAGCCUCUGUUUGGAGAGGCAGGACUGGUGUGCUAACAUUUAGCCUGAGGACAGUUGGGACUAAAGUUACUUCCUGCUUUCUUAAAACCAAUCUCCAGAAUCUCUGAGUGUUUUUUUUACUAUCAUUAUUGGUAUUGCAUGCUGGUGCAAUCGGCAGCGCUGCCUUGGAGUGAGAUCUCCGAGUCGAAUCCCAGCUGCAGCCUUUCUGCGUGGAGUUGGCAUGUUCCCCCAUGCAUGUGUGGAUUUUCUCUAGUUUCCUCCCAGAGUCCAGACAUGCAUGUCAGGUAGUCUGUAAAACUCUAGGUGUGAGUGGUUGUUUUGUCUCUGUGAUGGACUGCACACAUGUCCAGGGUGUCCCCACCUCUAGCAUGGUCUGAUGGAGAAGGACCACAGCAGCUGAUAUUUUGCUGAUUUAUUUCAUGCUUGCAAACUCUUGUAGAAUUCUCUCUACAAACCGUUUAGUGUAAAAUGUGGUUCUUUAGGGCAGCAGCAUCCCAUUUUUAGGUAAUUACAGCUGUCUGGAUGAGGUCACAAUAAAAAACUUGGAUUUUAGCGUGAAUAAAAAAAACUGUACAGUAAAGGACAAAACAGGCUGCUGCCCUGACUUCCACAAUAAAAGACUCAAAUGAUGCUCUGAUGCAUUUAGUCAGAGGAUGUCAUGGUUUCAUUCUGAUUUAAAAACUCAAGGGAGUGUUUGGAUCCACUGUUAACGUAUUAACUGUCAAGGCUGUGGGGAAUGGGAUUUGUGCAUUCACAGGGCCUUCCCCUGAUUCUGUCAUUCAUGCACUUCUCACAAAUAUGCAUUCGUCUUACUUUCCCCUCAGCUGGACAGCGCUUAUUGGUUCAAAUCUGAUCCUCAAAAGAUGGCUCCUCGUUUAAAGGUGAAAAACCAUUUUAAUGAUUAUUUUUGACUCUGAGAUUUUCAUGCAGGCUGAACAUGAAAAUAGUCUCCUACAUCUAUCUCCUGCUUUAGCUUCUGAUAGAAAACAGACGGUGAAACUCUAGGAUUAGAAAAUCCUGACAGAUCUACGUCACACUGUCACUUAACAUUCAUGGACUCACCCAUCUUCACUCACGACGGGGAAGGCUGUUGUUGGUUUAGCGUCCAGGAAACAGCAGAGAACGUCUCUGCCAGUAUAAGCUAACUGUUAGCAUUAGCAACUCCACCGCACAGCAGAACUCCUCCAGGCUUGUGUUAUUUGCGGAAGUAAAGCAAAAACAUUGCAGAGCUGACAGAAUCAGUAGUAGUCGUGUUGCUGUUAGCCAAUCAGAGGAGAGAUGUUUAAAUAUCAGGAAAUAAGACUCCAGAUCCUGGCGUGUUAAGCUCUCCUCUGAUCUGGGGUUCUGCUAGCUCCUGAAACAAACAUAUCAGAGUUGUGUGCUUGUUUGCAGAACCUGUUUCAUGUUCUUGCUGUAGGAAUAUAAAUGAAAUAAAGGAAAUUAUAGAAAUUGUGCAUGGUGGGAUCCAGGCUGAAAUAAUGUCCAAAACUCCUGAAACAGAAACUCUGCAGGUUGGGUAAAUAUCCCUGAAGUAAAAAGAAAUAAUAAAUGUUCACCAGCCCAACAGUUUGAAUGUUUUUGCAUCAUUUAAAUGCUGUGCUUUUGUUCUCCUGACUUCGUGCAGACUCUCGGAGAAGGAGGGCCCUUUGCAGAUUGUAUUUUAGUUAGACCAGAAGAGAUAAACCAAACUUCUACUCAACCCUGCGCUGAAUGCAGCAGUUUCUCUUUCGAAUGAGAUUUACAGCAAGGAGGGCUUAGCGCUUCCUGGGGCGUUUUCAUUAGAGCCAGCAGCUUGUCCUUCAUUCCUUGUCACGUUGCCAUGGAAACAAGAUGAGAACAAAGGAAAUAUAUUUUGAUUUCCUCUCAGUACAGGGACUUGUCAAGUUCUCAGGUUGAGUAGUGCAAAAAUAAAACACAACCCCCCCCCACACACACACACAAAUUCACACAAGGACACAGAUACAAGCAUAUACACAAACACACAGACACACACGAUCAUAACACACACAUGCAUCCAAACACACACACACUCACAGACAAACAAAGGGUC